AUUACAGGAACCUGUAUACCGCUUGCUGUCUGACUUUAACCUCAAUCAUGUCUCAAUUUUUAAAGAAAUCCAAUUUUUUAACAAUAGCGCAAAGAUUCAAGAGCAACCGUCGCUACAACUGGAAAGACGAAGGAAUUCAGUACUUCGGCUUCAAAUAUUAUCCGAGACACCCUGAAGAAUUCAAAGACCCCCCGUACACCCCAUCGAAGCUGUUCCGAGUCCAACGGAUCAAAGAACUCAAAGGUGUCCCCUUUUACGAAAAAAGACUCCUAGCAGAUUUUAAAUUAGACGGUAAAUUGAAUGAUGUAGCCAUCAUUAAAAACAUCCCAGAAAACAACCACAAAUUAUGGAAGAUCAAACAUCUGGUGAAAAUCGACCCGAUUACGUUCCCUGACGGCUUCCCCGCGGACACGAAAGGAACACACUUACGGGAAAACGGCGAAUUAAGAGUGACAAAAGUGUUAGAACCUUAUGAAGAAAAGUUGCGUUUGACGGAAGAAUUCAUCAAGAAACCGGAGAAGUUAGACGGGGAUACCUUACGCAGGAAUUCACGACUAAAGUGGCUGUCAGGUUGGCAAUAAUAACGUAGUAUUAAAUUUAGUAAACUUUAUUGUGUUUAUUAUUAA